AUGACUAUGCAGUAUGUCCAGUUCCAGAAGCAAACUGCAGCACAUAUGCCAGAGCAUACCAUAGCAUUUCAGAGCACUCUGGAGCAUGCCAUGGCCCUCCAGGAGCACUCUGGAGCAAGCAAUGGCACUCUGGGCAUGCCAGCCACUCUGGCAAAAAUUCCAGAGCACACUGCAGCACAUGUGCCAGAGCACUCCAGAGCAGGCCAUGGCCCUCCAGGGAUAAGCUGUGGCAUGCCAGCCACUCCAGAGCAAAUUCCACAGCACACUGUGGCACAUGUGCUGGAGAAUACCAUCACAUUCCAGAGCACUCUGGAGCAGGCCAUGGCACUCUGGGACACUCUGGAGCAAAUUCAAGAGCAAACUGUGGCACAUGUGCCAGAGAAUACCAUAGCAUUCCAGAGUACUCUGGAGCAGGCCAUGGCCCUCUGGAGUAAACUGCAGCAUAUGUUUGGGAGCAUUCUGUACCAUGCUGACACUCCAGAGCAAACUGCACCACAUUUGCCAGAGCAUGCUGCACUGCCCACAGUUUGA